AUGCAGGAAGAUCAUCUGGAUUCCGUUGCAAUUGUCAAAUGCAUUGUGGAUGAUCUGCAUUCUUCUUUUGCAUAUUGGCUAAGCCGGCAGGGAAAAGUGAGGCUGACAAAGUGGUAUUCACCAUAUUCCCAGAAGGAAAGGACUAAGGUAAUCCGAGAGCUCAGUGGAUUAAUUCUCACACGAGGCCCCAAGCUUUGCAAUUUUGUGGAGUGGAGGGGAUUCAAAGUUGUGUAUAAAAGAUAUGCCAGUCUCUAUUUUUGCAUGUGCAUUGACCAGGAUGACAACGAAUUGGAGGUCCUUGAAAUUAUCCACCAUUUCGUCGAGAUACUUGACCGCUACUUUGGAAGUGUCUGUGAGCUGGACUUGAUCUUUAAUUUCCACAAGGCUUAUUACAUAUUGGACGAGCUUUUGAUUGCUGGUGAACUUCAGGAGACGAGCAAGAAAACAGUUGCACGUCUAAUAGCUGCGCAGGAUUCUUUGGUGGAGACUGCCAAAGAGCAGGCCAGUUCUCUGAGCACUAUGAUUGCACAGGCCACUAAAUAA